AUGCCAGACCUCACUGCCGCCGAGCUCAGCAUUCCGGCCGAGCAGCACCCCGAUCCCGCAAAGCCACUGGUGAUACCCGUCGACUCAACAGUGGUAGGCUCUACCCUGCGCUUCAUUCCGUGGUCUGUGGUGGGCAAUCCGGCCUUCCUCAAUCUGCCCCCUCCUCCUCCAGGGAUGCAACCGUCGUGGGUCCAGAUUCCGCAGUGGGUCGCCAUCAGUGCGCUUCUCCCGUUCAGUGAGCCCGAGCCCGCUGUGGCCACCUACUUUGACAGGCUCAGCGUCUUGCGGCUGGCCGUAUUGGCCGCGGCUUGGCGCCGCAUCCUCGGUGCCUUGUCCGACCUCGGCGUGUUCGGCACGGUGCACGUGGAUGAGGAUACGUUCCGUACGGUGUGCGUCCAGGCUCUGCACUCCCGCCAAAUCCCGGUGCCCGAGCUCUAUCUGCAGUGGGGCGAUUUGGGGUACUCUGAGGCGAUCGUGCCCUUGGGACCAGUGCCAUCUGCAGAAGCAAAGGCCGUCGACUUCUUGCAGUACGCGACAGUCGGGGCUCUCUGCGACCCUGCGGCCGACGUCCCAUUCGCAGCCCUGUCUGACAUGACCCGCUGCUUGGGGCCCGUCUUCACGGCGGCAGCGCGCGUCGAUCCCAUGGGGAGCACCGUCGUGGGGGCUGCAUCGCUCGCCGCCGCCGCUGGUCACAUCACUCCGCGAGCGAGCGAUGGGCAUCCCGCCCUGCUCGCUCGGCAUGUGCUCAGCAUGCUGAAGACUACCCGCUCGAGUUUCCCGGCCUGCCUGAGGACCAACUCUUUUCAGAACUACUCUGCGGAGGUUGAGACUCGCGCCGAGUAUGUGGGCGGGACCACCGUGGCGCGCGACCGAGUAGCCGAGCAGCGAUGCUCGCGCGCCAUUGCAGCCAAGGCGCCGACGCUAGACUCCCUGCUCCGUGCGCUGCCUCGGCCAACACCCCCGUCGGUCGUUUAUGAGGCCUACCGGCAGCUCGUCUCGCUCUACUUUCCGACGGACCGGCGCCCUAUGGACCUACUCCUGACUGAUCUGGAUGCUCAGCUUCACGCGCGGCUACCCACCUACCAACACGCGCUGACCAACGGCAAGCCGUUCGCUUCGAUUCUGGCGGGGUUGCGCAAGCUUCACGAAUCGCUCGAGCCCUCGAGGAAGGCGCCAGUCGUGACUUCGACAGGCGACUCCGAGGACUCGGCGUUGGGCAAGUUCGACCGCGUGCCGGCUGGCCUUCCGGACAACUCACUCCGAGAGGCCAUCCACAGCGCCCCCUUCCAGGACGCGGUCCGCAAGAUUGGCAGCAUCGACCUCUCCACCCCGAAUGGCCCGGCCUCCUACACCGACCCGCGUGGCUUUGUUCCGGUGAGCAUCGGCGCGCACUACAUCGGCGACUAG